UACAGAGUCUGAGGAUGAGGUUGGGGGUUGUUUUGGAAUUUCAAAAGAGCUGCAUUAGCUCUACUGUGGUACAAAACCACAAUCUUGAUAUUCAGAAAGUUUUCAAAUUUGAGUAUGUCAGAGAAAGCCACAGCAUCCUGUAUACCGUUGUAACGCCGCUAGAUCAGUACAUCCCGUGUUGAGUAAAUGGGACAGACCUUUUGCAAAGCAUAGCUUAUUACCGGGAUUGUGAACGUUUGAGGUAGACCCUUUUAUUGCUUAGGAUUUCUGACUGCAUUAUGCUAUCUAGCUUCCUUCUCUGCCCACCACCACCCUGGGGUUGACGUAUUAUUUGCACUACAAGCUCGAGGGUCCUAUCGGCUAUGACGGAUACAUUUGACUGAACAAGUCGUUCUAGCAGGGCCAUAAAUUGUUCAAGAUCUGCUUCGCCAUUGGUCAAAAUAAGAGAUACCGUGUUAUACAGGCAAUCUCCACAAAUUUCCAACUGUAAGACAUCACGUGGUUCGCCAUAAUCUCUAGCCCUUUCUAACAGUUCAUUCAGAGUGUCCAAUAUCAUUACGUAAAACACAGCGUAGUCAAGAUUCUGAUUCACCCAUGCGAAAUUGAAAAACUGUCGAAUCUCUGUAUUGUUUAAUUGAUUUCGGUACCCAACACGAACACUUCUAUCCAUACCGUUUCCAUCCUGAUUUAUUAGACAAUUUUCCAAUUCCUCAAAAACAUCGUAUUGCGUUUCAGACUCUUCGGACAUGGGUGUUAAUGUCUGGUUUUGAGGGGUGUGUGUUGCAGAAUUAGAUCUCAGGCUCUCUUCAUCUGGGUAAUUAGCGAUAUGGGGGCUUCGGGAAUCUGUGAUAACAGGUUUUCGUCGGACGGCGCUGACUCAUUCAUACGAUUAAUAAUUUCUAUGAGUUCGGCUGGAAUCUGUGAUAAUAUGCUUUCAUCUAUUGGUAUUAUGUCUGUUUACCCCCGCCUCUUUCAUAUGGUUAAUUAUAGCUUGGAAUUCUGGCGGUAUCUGGGAUAAGAGGUUUUCAACUGUCUCGCCUAGGUCUGUUGGGUCAGCCAUAUGGAUAAUUAAUGAUGUGUGUUCUUGGGUUAUUCUGGGAGGAUCCGUGUAACAUAUAUGCUUUUAACGCCUGUAUUUGCGUUUUUUAAUCGGAUUGCUGUUUAACAUACGUGGAAUUGCUCUAUGCCAGAAGGAUAUAUCCUGACGGUAUUGGCGCUCUAGUAAAACACCCAGGCGUCUGUGUAGCAAAACCUUUCGGGAUUUUAGAGCCCUGGAAAAGGCUGUGAAAAACCUAGCUUGUUCUAUUUCAGAUCCGUCUGUUGUCACCACAGAAUUGGCAGAAUCAAGAAGGUUGGCCGCAUCCCAUAAUAACCGGUCGUCUGCCUCGGAAAUGUCAUUUAUAAGGUUUAAAUCCUCCGUUUUGGUUGUUUCAUUGGGAAUGUUCGGUGAGCCGGGAUCCUCCUCGCGCUUAAGAUGUGUGAGGUAUUCGGUGCCAUUAUACGCCGGGGAGGAGUCUGAAAGAAGAUAAUACAUACAAAAUAGGUUAUUAAACAUAAAAAUAUGUCAGGUAAAAAUGUCAAACACAUUUCAGGUGUAAUACUAUAUAUUAACAAUACAUAAUUACAUUACCUCUGUUCUGACCGAAUCGCGUAAACCGGGGGGGGGGCUUGACUUUUGUCACCAAGAAUUCCCGAUUCUGCCAGGCCUGUCUCGUUGGAGCCUGACAAAACAUUAUUUGUCCUUGUUUUAACAUAUUCAAGGCUAAAAAUGUAUAAAUAAUAAUUAUAAUUAUAUAUAUAUAUAUAUAUAUAAUGGUUUCAUACCGUGUCCAUGGAGCGCCGUCUCGUAAAUUCCCUGUCCUGUCGUACUUUUCCGGAGGGGUUGAUUCUGAGCAAUGUAUUUGCGCCCGAGUUGUGCGUUGUUUGCUUGGGUUAGGAAUAUGGAGCGAGCUGGUGGAGGUUCCCAGGGGAGUUGACCGGACGUUUAAAUCCUCUGUUCUCGGUGUGUUUGAAAAAACGUUCGUACAGAACGGGAGAAUUGCAUCUGUGUCAUCGGAUCUGUCAUCUGCUCUUCCGAAGCCGUUCAGGGUCCACAUGGACCCCGUUAUUCUUCUUGGCUGUAUGUCAGCUGUAAACACAAAAAAUAGCUUUUAAUAUAGGGUGCACACGUUUUUGUUUUGAAUGUAUAAAUAUUCUUGUGUAUGUGAUUAUUGGAUUUACGUCUACAAUAAUGUGACGGGGUUUGGCUGCAUGCGAUUUGCUCCUGAGAAUCGCCGUCUAACGCUGUCUGUUCCAGAUCAUUUAUCCCUCUGAGCAGCUGCGUAAAUCUUGGAGACCCUACAAACUUUAGAUAAUAUUAACAUUUUAUACGAUAAGAAUACGUGCAUUGACCCACGUUUAAAACACAUAUAACUCCAUGUUUAAUAUUACAAUAACAUCCUUAAUGUUCAAACAAUUCCACGCAUCCAAAUCUAAUAUAUAUAUUUUCAUUAACUCACCUUCAGAAAGCUCCAUUAGGACGGAUUCACAGAUGAUCCUUUUAAAUGUUCAGUCCGAUAACUAUUCGGGGUUGCUGGCCUGUGGGUUUGUAGCUGCGCUAAAGCGGUGCUAACAUAGUGGAUCGGACACUCGCUCCUCCGUCUUGGCUCAAAAGGAGAGAUACUACGGAAUGCAUUUACAGGGCAUGGGGGGUGACGUUUUUUCGGGCGAUAUCCUGUUUGCAACACCCUGUAUAUUUUGGUUUAGAUUACAAAGGUAGUGAUUUCAAACAACAGGAGGGGUGUCGAGACAGUAAGACGUGGCCCUUUUGAUUUCCUACAUCCUCAGGGUUAGCACCUUGGAGGGUGUCCGAUGUAAAUGUAUAGACCGGAGUGGGGGCACGGUUAGUAUAUGCGCUGAUUAGAAAUAUCAAUGUUUAUCCCUGGGGGUCGGUCUAGACAUGGUGUAUUCUUUCUGGGGGCUGGUUGACUUUUUAGCCUUCACAUCCUCUGGAGGGUGAGAUAAAUUAGGAUUUGAAAGGCAUAUGUGUUAAUGAAUCGAAAAUCACCAUUUUAAGAGACGCCGUCACACUUUUUGAUGGGGGAUAGGCAGGUAUCUGUACAUACCGUUUGCAUGAUAGUGAAACCUUGGUUUCAAACGACCCCUGCAGAGAGAGAGAGCCUUGAGUGCAGAUGCCUGGGCAUUGUUGAACACACCCCCUACCUUUUGUUUUUGAAACACACACACGCACACCAGCACACGCACGCACACACACACACGGCUUUUCCGUAAGUCUUUUUUCUUAGCUACAGACCGGGGUGGGAGAGUUAAGGAGAGCUUCCCAUUCAUUAAGGGGUGAGAUACCAUUUUAAAACCAUUUUAUUUCAUUCAAAUAUUAAGUACAUACAGUUUAAAACCUCUACGGGAUUGCUGUCCCUAAACCGGGAUGCUUGUUGUUAACGUGACUAGAAUGACUCUGUAUACAGCAGCCAACUUUCCGGGACAGACAUGUCUUUAUAUGGUCUUUAUUUAUAUUCUUGUUCAUUCUUGUUAGCAUAGUAGCAGUUUGAACCUCUGACGUAUACUCUAAGGGAAGUCUAAGCUGAGACAAAGACAGCAUCUUUAAUCAUGUGGUUAAAUCGCAACAGCCAUUGUCUACAUUGUGGGAGGCAACCCGUUAGUUCAAACCCUAAAUAAACAUUCCUGUUUCUAACUUCUAAUGACUACAGAAAAGUCCAAAUUCAACCCUUCCUUAUAAGAUAACAUUGAAUAUAUAUAGGCAGGGUAGCCUAGUGGUUAGAGCGUUGGACUAGUAACCGGAAGGUUGCGAGUUGCGAGCUGACAAGGUACAAAUCUGUCGUUCUGCCCCUGAACAGGCAGUUAACCCACUGUUCCUAGGCCGUCAUUGAAAAUAAGAAUUUGUUCAAAACACACCAAAACUGACCAGGUGCAUACUGAUCAGUAAAGUAAAGAGAGGCUAACAUUCUAUAACACUCCCUUUCCUCUGCACAGAUCUCUCAAAGUGAGAAACAAUAGGACUACAAUAGAGUGUGUUACAACUUGUUGAUAAUUAAGUGAAGGAAUUAUUUUAAUCUUCACUAGUCAGAGAACAGAUGAGGUUUCUCACAUUUAUGUAUGUUGGUGUCUUUUUAAGUGGCCAUGUUGAGAGAAACUCUUCCAACAGAGCAGGAGUAAAGCUUCUCUCCUGUGUGUAUACAUACGUUGGUGUUAAGUUGCUCUGCUGAGAGAUAAUAUUCUUGCAGUCAGAACAGGAGUAGGCCUUCUCUCCAGUGUUGAAUUAUGAACUGUCAGAGCAGAGAUACAGAUUCUCUCCUGUGUGUAUUUUUAGCUUUGAUAGAAUUGGGAAAAUCUCCUCAAUGUAGGCAGUGGUGAGACCUCCUAGCUCUGAUCUUCCUGCUGUUGCUCUCUGGAUGUAGAUAAUGUCUCAAUAUGGUCUCCUGUGUGAACAACAUCAGAAGAACCAGUCAGUUGGUGUGAAACACCAGAAGCUUGUUAUUUUCAGGCUUUGACUUCCUCUCUGCCUUUUCCCUGAAAAACGGAUGCUUCCGGUGUUCGUUGACUCCGCUGAGGGUGCAGACCGACUCAGAUAAAGUCUGAAGCCGGUAACAUCAACAGUGAAGACAAACCCAGCCUGCCUCUCUCCUUCCACACUGAGUCCAAACCCACAGUCACUGGGUCCUGAUUGUGACAGUGGAGCCCAGUUUGCACUGCAGGAUCCAGAGAUGGCAUCAGUGAAGCUGGAAGACUGCAGUCAAACACUGGAGCUGAAUGUCAACAUUAAAGAUGAAGAAGAGGAGGAGAAGAUUGGGAAAUCUGUUAAUCAUGGAGACCAUGUUGAGACAUUCUCUACAUCCAGAGAGCAUCAGCAGGAAGAUCACAGAGCAAAGAUGUCUCACCACUGCACACAUUGUGAGGAGAUUUUCCCAUUUCUAUCAAAGCUAAAAAUACACCUAAAAACACACACAGGAGAGAAGCCUUACUCCUGCUCUGAAUGUGGGGCGAGUUUCUCUCAUCGGUACACCUUAAAGCGACAUGAACGUAUACACACAAAAGAGAAGCCUUACUCCUGCUCUGACUGUGGAGCAAGUUUCUCUCAACUGGGCAACUUAAAAGACCAUGAACGUAUACACACAGGAGAGAAGCCUUACUCCUGCUCUGACUGUGGGGCAAUUUUCUCUCGACUGGGCACCUUAAAAAAACAUGAACGUAUACACACAGGAGAGAAGCCUUACUCCUGCUCUGACUGUGGGGCAAGUUUCUCUCGACUGGGCACCUUAAAAAACCAUGAACGUAUACACACAGGAGAGAAGCCUUACUCCUGCUCUUACUGUGGAAAGAGUUUCUCUCAACAGGGCCACCUAAAAAUACAUGAGCGUUUACACACAGGAGAAAAACUUUACUCUUGCUCUGACUGUGUAAAAUGCUUCAAAACGCCAACUGCGCUAAAAGUUCAUCAUGGAACACACAGAGCAGAGAAGCCUUUCUCCUGCUCUGACUGUGGAAAGAGUUUCUCUCAUCGGGAUAACUUAAAACAACAUGAACAUAUACACACAGGAAAGAAGCCUUACUGCUGCUCUUACUGUGGAAAGAGUUUCUCUCGACUGGGCACUUUAAAAAAACAUGAACGUAUACACACAGGAGAGAAGCCUUACUCCUGCUCUUACUGUGGAAAGAGUUUCUCUCGACCAUGCACCUUACAAUAUCAUGAACGUAUACACACGGGAGAGAAGCCUUACUCCUGCUCUUACUGUGGAAAGAGUUUCUCUCGACCAUGCACCUUACAAAAACAUGAACGUAUACACACAGGAGAGAAGCCUUUCUCCUGCUCUGGCUGUGGAAAGAAUUUCUCUCACCUGGGCACCUUAAAACAACAUGAACGCAUACACACAGGAGAGAAGCCUUCUGCCCUGACUGUGGAAAGAAUUUCUCUCACCUGGGCACCUUAAAACAACAUGAACAUAUACACAAAGGAGAGAAGCCUUACUCCUGCUCUGACUUUGAAAAGAGUUUCUCUCAGGAGUAAGAGAAGCCUGACUCCUUUUCUGACUGUGGGGCAAGUUUCUCUCGUCCGGACAAAGGAGAGAAGCCUUAUUUCCGCUCUCAAUGUGGCAAGAGUUUUUCCCAAUUGGGCAAUGUAAAAACACACCAACGGAUACACACUUCAGAGAAGCCUUAUCACUGCACUGACUGUGGGAAGAGGUUCUACAGAUUGGGUCAUUUAAAAAGACACAAAUGUAUACAUAAAGGACAGGCCUCAUCAGUUCUCUCAGACCAGCUAAGAUUAGACACUCCACUUAAUUCUCAUGUCAUUAAAUAAUUGGCAACGUUGAAUUUGAUCAAAUUCAAAUGAAGAAAGUGUAGAACACUAUUGUAAUCCUUUAGUUUCUCACUGUGAGAGAACAAUGCAGAGGAAAGGGAGCAUUAUAGAAUGUUAGUCUCUCUUUACUGAUCAGUGUGCACCUUGUCAGUUUUGGUGUGAGAGAGAAUAAAGUAGACGGCGCACGUCAAACAUUUUAUUUAUGACCCUAUGUCCGGAUGACGUGUACAUGCCCAUAUUUGGGCAUCCGGUAAGGACAUCCUGGCGGGAAGUGAUCACGUGGUUAUGCCCAUAUAUGUUCAUCCUGUUCUCACGCCUUGGAGUGAGUGCGACAAUAUGUAUAUAAUUCCUUUGAAGUUGUCAUGAUGAUUGAUGUCUAGUGACCUCUUUGAACUGCGGGGGGUGACCAUUUCAAAGAGUUUGACCCCCCCCCCCUGUUUUAUUGACCUUAGGGUUGUUGUCUAUGAAACACGAAUGUCCUGGGGUAUUGGGGUUGGCAGACACCUUAUAAAUAAAGGCCAGAACAAGACAUGCGUCCUCAGAACACGAAACAAGAUUUUUUUAGAUCAGCAUGGAUUUUGUGAUCAGUGGCAAAGCUGUGAUGACUGUAACAACGGAAGCAGGACCUCGGUUGAAACAUCGAGAAAGGGCCAAGUAUCAAGCCACAAUAUACAAUGCGCCAAAAAAAACGGUUUCUAAGUGUGUAUAGAACCCAAAUACCGCCCGCAACUACGCUGAAAGAUCAAGUGCUGAUGUCUAAUGAACAUCAAUCGGGGUAUCUGUUUGAUUACCUGGCCUGUAGAGUGAACCUCUAUACGGUAGCCGAAGGAGAAUAAUAUACAGACCAGACUUUAGGAGUGGACUACGGGCUUGAAGACUGGACGGUUUUUCGCAAGGUUGUGUGUCCCGAACUGAGCCUUAUCACCAAGGGGUAUAUCUUGUUCAAGGUGCCCCUGACUCCUCAGGAAGAAUAAUUCACAGGGUGAAAAUACAAAGAAACAAUGGACUUCCAUGUGGCUACGUGGAGUUCUAUUUCGGCAACGAGGAAACCUGCAACCAAAACAUUUGUGAUGGUGGUGAUUUUAGGUUUGCGCAUGCUUAUUCCUUUUCAAAUUUGGGAUCUAAUGGAAUUGAAAAUGUUCCAGCUGUUGGAUGCUCUCUUUGUACAGGGCCAACAGCGGCAGAGCAUAGUUCAUGUAAAGAAGUGCAUAAUAUAUACGAAUCCUCAGGAUUAUGAUUCAAAGGAGCCCCAAGAAGGUACAUCCUCAGAAGGGACAGCCUCCGAAGAAAACUAAGUACGCGGUUUCGUUAACCACGCCCUGAUACCCAAAGGACUGGUUCAACAAUAAAAGGAGUGCCCUUAAAGCCUCCAGUUCUUCAUUUCAUCAUACACCAUGGAUAUUCAUACAACAUACCAGGACUCCGAUACGACAUGGGGGCCAGACCCUAAGGACUUUAUGCCUGGCGAGACCCACGGCACCCCCUACAUGUACACAGCCUGAGGACUUGUUUGAUGGGGUAGUCAGUACUAUUUUUGUGGACACCAUCAAAGCCUCUGUAGCCACACUUCUAGAUGUGGUGAUUGGAGAAUAUAUAAGAGAGAAAUGCAUCGGUUGUGAGAUCAAUCACCCCAGCAAGCGCCGUAUAUGACCCACCAAGAUACUACUUCUUCAACCAAUUUGAGGAGCUGGUGAAAAGACUGUGGUCCUGCAGGUUUAUACCAUCGCUGGUCAGAGCCCUGGAGUCUAUGGGUCUUGUGCCGUCUAUCCCCAGAGUUUACUUGGUAACCACGGCAUUCCUACAUGAACUGAAGGAGGCAAUCUACAUCCACGAUAAACUCAAAGAAAUCCGACACACCCUGUUGGACGACAAUAAAUACAGGGAAGUUGUGGUGGCUGAUGUGAUGACUUUCUGGCUCAAUAAACCCCAAGAGACUGAGUGACAUUUUGUUAUUUAGAUGUAAUGCAAUGGGCAACUAUGUGUAUACGAUGUUAGAGAUAAUAAAUAAAUGUCUUCUUUUGAGAGAACUUACAAAUGUUAUGCAUCAGAUUAUUGAAAAUAAAGUGAAUGAUGUAUCAUUCUACACAACCCACAAUGCCUGGGUUAAUGUAGAGCGUGUGCUGAAAAUGGAACAAAUCAUGAAUCAUGUUGUGGAUGAUUCUGAAGAACUAGAAACAACUUUGUCUAAGAUUUUACUUUAUUUGUUUGAAACACCAUUUAAUUGUAACGUGUAUCAUAUUUGUUGUUUAUAUGCUUAUAUAUCGGACAUGUGUGUUUUCAAAGUUCAGCGACACAAGUCUGUAAAUCAAAACCAAAUAUACAGGGUGUUGCAUGCUGUGAUCGUUGAGAAAACUGGGACACGUAUCCUGCAAAGAAUCCUGAAUUGUCUGUAUACGUAAUACUUGAUGCAUGAAUAAAAUAAAAAUUCUAUAAUGAAAA